AAUCUUUUGAAGGCAGAUAAAUUUUAUAAGGAAACAUUUAUUGAAGAAAUGGCUUAUUCUAUCACUUAUCUAUAUGCAUUUAAUCAAAAUAGUCAUAAUUUUCUUGAAGAGAGUCUUACUAUUCUUCAGCAAAGAAAAAUUUAUAGAGAAUUAUAUAAUGCUUAUAAAAAGGCUCUUAAUAAAGCUUUAACAAGCUGA